CAGACGAUGACGUUGCUGUUCGCGUGUAUGCUGGUAUUGGUGAUCCUGUCACCCUUGGCACUGCGCACUACACGGAUUAAAUGGACGACAAGAAUGUACAUGCUCUUCUGGAUGUACGCUGAGUCACUGUUCUUGAAAUCGACAAGCACCCGGCACCUGAACUCCACUGCUUCUCGAAUCCUGUUCGCAUCCUGGAUGAUUGGCACAUUCAUCAUCGGCCAGUACCUCACUGGUCAGGUUAAGGCGGCGUUGCUAAUCCGUUCUCCAGCUCCCCGCAUCGACACUCUUGAGCAGAUGUUGGAAAGGCGACCAGCCAUACGGCCGGUGACUCUCACAGCAACUCCUCUCAUGAACAUGCUGAAGCUUUCGGGCUUGGAAUCCUACCGUGCGCUGCACGACCGCAUCAUGCGCAUGCGCAGUGAGGUACCUCUCACCGACAUCUACUCUCGGCGCACACUGCGUCAGGUUGUGGCUGGUGACGCAAUCAUUAUCAUGGACGCCACGGGCAACCGGGUUUACGUGGCGCCUCACUGCGAAGCGCUGCAGCCGGCCUACUUCCACAUGUCGUCGCAACGCCUCGAAACCGCAGACUUCCGCUGGUACAUGAACAAGCGCCUGGAUCCCAAGCUGGUAGCCGCUAUGGACCGCAGGAUCCGCUGGCUUCUGGAAGGUGCGGUGCCAUUCAUGCAUCACCACGAGAUAUUUCGCAAGCCGGCCACCUGCUUCCUCGACCAACUAGCAGGAAGCGGUAGCGAAGCAGCUGCUGGGCGGUACGAGGUGUUGAACCUGGUGGACGUGCAAGCCGCCUUUCUGAUUCUGCUAUGCUCCCUUGCGUUUAGCGUGGCCGUAUUCGUCGUGGAACUGUUGCUUCAAUUUUGGAAGCCUCUUUAGUAAUUAAAAAAGCUUGCUGUCAAGCGUUGAAUAUAGUUUGCUUGGCUCAUAACCAUUGCUUUAGGAGAAAGAAGUGUAAAUGUCUCUUGUGUAGCUGCUAUAGAUUUUCAUUCGAAAAUUGCUAUCACUAAAGGCAGUAGUCAGCCGAAACACGUGA